GAAGAAGAAGAAGCGAGAAGAUCCAUAACCCACAGUAGAUGGCAGUAAUGCUCUUUUUAAGAAUGCGAGCCGCCAAUAAAAAAAAAGAAUAAGACUGCUUCUUUGAGUAACUCUCGCCAUCUCUUUUCCAUUUGAUUCGCAUUUAUACAAAGACUUAAACACCAAGAAGGCUCAAAUGGCAACAGAAAGCGAAGAGAACGGCACGGAAAUGCAAACUGAGGUGGAGGCGUCUGCUUAUUCGCUCGCUCGGUGUAAGCUGGAGAACCUCCUCAAUAAGAGCAUGAGGAUCCGGAUGACAGACGGGCGCACGCUGGUGGGACUCUUCCUGUGCACAGACAGAGACUGCAACGUCAUCCUGGGAUCUGCACAAGAGUUCCUCAAAUCCACAGAUUCUUUCUCACAAGGUGAGCCCAGAGUGUUGGGACUGGCGAUGAUCCCUGGCCAUCAUGUGGUUUCUAUAGAAGUGGAAUCUGAAAGCCUUCAGAUGACCACCCAUGGACUCUGACAACUUUAGAGGCUUUUGGGGUCACCAUAUGGACUACAGAGAAUGGAACUCCAAUUCCAUACACAGUGGUUUGGUCCUCUAUGUUGAAACAAGAAUAAUAACAACAUGAUGUAAACUGUACCUUUUUGUUUGUGUGUUUGCUUGCAUGUGAGUGGUGCACAUUGUGUGUAAAUACUGACACUUAAAUUUUUCAAUAAGAGACAUCUUUCAUAA